AUGGUUGGCGGAACGAACAACCAAGACACUGGUAACCAGGAAAACCAAGGGAACCAGGGAAAUGGCGGUGCUCCACCACCUCCACCUCCCAAGAGGACACUCAAAGAUCUUACAUCCCCAUCGUUUGAUCAACAAAAGUUGUGUGUCAACUUGGAAGAUUCAAUUAAGCUCAAAUCUCAGUUGAUUCAUUGGUUACCAAAGUUCAAAGGGCUUCCAGGAGACGAUCCAAAUCGUCAUUUACUAUUGUUUCAACAUAGGUUGACAAGUUUGAAGCCAACUGGAACUGAUCAAGGAAGAGCUUUACUGACAGCAUUUCCAUUCUCUUUGAUUGAUUCUGCAGAAGAAUGGUUUUAUGGUCUUCCACCUGGAAGUAUCACAACAUGGAAUGAGAUGCAGAGAGCGUUUCUUGAAAAGUACUUUCCCGCCUCUAAAGCAGCAAUUAUUCGUAAAGCAAUUAGUGGGAUUGAAAAAAUUACUGGUGAGACUCUUUACGACUAUUGGGAACGGUACAAGAAGUUGCUAGAGAGCUUCCUACAUCAUCAAAUCUCUGAGCAAAUCAUAGUGCAGUAUUUUUAUGAUGGUUUGCUCCAAUCCAAGAGAAAUCUUAUUGAUGCAGCUAGUGGUGGUGCUUUGACAAACAAAACCAUUGACGAAGCAACGAAAUUGAUCGAGAAUAUGACUGCAAACACGCAGCAAUUCAACUCAAGAGGUGUGUCAAUGGGUCGAAGGGUUAAUGAGGUUACUUCUUCACCACACAUAGAACAUAGGAUUGGUAACAUUGAGAAGAUGAUUCAAAAAAUGGCCGCAGUAAUCAUUCCCUCUUAUGAGAUAGAAGCUGAACAAGUCAAUGCAGUAUUCCCGAAUCAGCAGAGACAAAGCUAUGCGAAUACGCAAGCAGCAUCUCCAGGGACGGUUUUUAAUCGCCCUAGUGGUUUCCAACAACAACCACAACCAGCGCAGAACUCAAAAUCAUCAGAGAUGCUUGCUACGAUGAAGAAUCUAACCACAAUGGUGCAAAAAAAUCAGCAAACGACUGAUGGUGCAAUCAAGGAGUUGCAGACACAAAUGAGCACCAUGGCAGGUAUAUUGAACCUUUUGGAGACGCAGAAUAGUGGGAAACUCCCUUCUCAACUUAUUAAUCCUAGAGAAACUGUUAAUGCUGUGACAUUGAGAAGUGGUACACGAACUGUGCAACCAGAAGAUGCUGAGAAAAGCAAAGACCCCAAGGGGUCGGUUUUGGAGAAAGAGAUUACUGACUCUUCCCAAACCGAUGAGGUACCUAAAACAAACUCUAAACCUCUUGUUUCAACUUAUGUUCCUCCUUUACCAUUUUCUGGCAGGUUUGCUAACAAAAAUGUGGAACAAGACAAAGAGAUUUCAGAUGUACUCAAAAAGAUUCAUGUGAAUAUCCCGCUGAUAGAUGCAAUUAGGCAGGUACCUAAGUACGCAAGAGUUUUGAAAGACCUAUGCACCAAGAAGAAACGAUUAACCGGUAAUGAGGUGAUGAGUGUGGGGGAAAACGUUUCUGCUAUCCUCCAAAAGAAACUCCCACCUAAAUGCAAGGAUCCAGGUAGUUUCGAUAUACCUGUUGUGAUUGGUAAUAAAAGGUUUGGAAAAUCUAUGCUUGAUUUAGGAGCAUCAGUUAAUGUUAUGCCCGCAUCUAUUUAUGAGUCUUUGAAUUUGGGUUCUUUGAAAGAAACCCGUAUUGUUCUUGAACUAGCUGAUCGUUCUAAUGUUUACCCUAGAGGUAUUAUUGAAGAUGUGCUUGUGCAGGUGAAUCAACUCGUAUUUCCAUCUGAUUUCGUUGUAUUGGAAAUGGAUAGCGGGUCAGAUGCAUCUAUACCGCUGUUAUUGGGGAGGCCUUUCACGAAAACGGCAAGAAACGUUAUUGAUGUUGACAAAGGAACUCUCACUAUGUAA